UUUUCCAUCUAUUAACAAUUAUGUAUGGGUCUUAUGAAACCCACACAAUAUCCUCGCAAAACAAGAAGUAUGGGUACUGGAAUAUUGAGUAGUUGCAGUGACCUAUCAGUAUCCAGGCGACCACCACCUUUGAUCAGAUGCUGGUCUCAUCAGCGACUUGGAUUUGUCUCCCUCCUAUGGGCAUCUCGGUUACUAUUUUUCCUUGGGUUUGUUGGUGUAUUUGGACUGCAAGAAACCAAUUGGUUUUUGAGAACAGAACACUCAAUCCUGAUAAGGUUAUCUGCAACGCUCUGCGACUCGCAAAGGAAUGGCAAGAGGCGCAACCGAGAGGGCAACAAUCACCGCAUUCACUGGACAUCAAUGGCACCAGGACACAGAAAAAUACAUCGACUGGCCUUAAUACUCUGUAUACGGAUGCGGGGUGGAGACUCGAGGACAAAACUGCAGGAUGUAGUUGGGUCUUUCACAACCCACGCCUGGAAGAGACAAGGCAGGGCACUUCGACGGAGCGUUUUGUGGCGUCACCACUGAUGGCCGAGGCACUAGCUGCACGGGAAGCCCUGUUACAGGCCAAGGCUCUUCGUCUCACCAAUAUCUGCCUUAAGUCAGAUAACCAGGUGCUUAUCAAAGCACUAUCCUCGAAACAACAUCCGGUGGAGCUCUACGGAAUCAACUUGGAUAUCGAGAAUCUAUCCCUAUCUUUUACGUCUAUUUCUUUUGCUCAUGUACCUAGGAGCUUGCUCAUGUACCUAGGAGCUUGAACUCUGCUGCAGAUAUUCUUUUGCUCAUGUACCUAGGAGCUUGCUCAUGUACCUAGGAGCUUGAACUCUUGCAGAUGCCUUGGCAAAAUCUGUUCUGUACUCUUUGAACUCUUAGCUUCUGCUUAUGCUUUCUCAGUGAAAUAGUUGGUUGAUCAAAAAAAAAAGAAGGGUACUGGAAUAUUGAUGUGACAUGCCAAAGAUUACUCCAUUAAAAGACGACAAAUUCUAACAAAAAGAUUACUCCCUCAUCCAAGAAAAUAGUUUUCGUGUUCUUUUUGUCAUUGUGAUGGAGAAGAGGGAACUAGAAAGAGAGUUUCACAUGACAGGCUAUGCCAGAAACUCUUCCGUCCAGAAAAAAUCCUCUGAUAAUGCAAAGCACAUAACACUAGAGACAGUGCAACAACUCUACAAAGAGACAAGACCCAAGAGUUUAGGAAUAGCUGACCUAGGAUGUUCUUCAGGACCAAACACUCUUUCCACCAUUAGAGACAUAAUCAAAACCGUGGAAAUUGCUCACCACCGUGAGUUACCAAACCAGCCCUUGCCGGAAUUCAGCAUCUUCCUUAAUGAUCUCCCUCAAAAUGACUUCAACUCUAUAUUCAAGACCUUGCCUGACUUUCACAUGGAGCUCAAGAGAGGUACCAAGAAUGGUGUUUGCCCUGCAAUUUUCAUUGCAGCUUGUCCUGGAUCAUUCUAUGGAAGGCUCUUCCCUGAGAAAACCAUCCACUUCAUCUAUUCCUCUUUCAGCUUACACUGGCUUUCCAAGGUGAACAGCGGUUUGUUUGACCAUCAAGGCAAGUCCAUAAACAAAGGCUGUAUUAACAUCUGCUCCUCGAGCCCUGAAGCUGUUUCCAAAGCUUACUACAGCCAGUUCAAGGAAGACUUCUCCAUGUUUCUCCGGUCUCGAUCAAAAGAGGUGGUUGUUGCAGGCAGAAUGGUGCUCAUAAUACUCGGAAGAGAAGGUCCUGAUCAUGUUGAUAGAGGAAUGUCUUUCACCUGGGAAAUUCUGGCAAGAGCCAUAGCAGAUCUUGUCGAACAGGGAGAAACUGAGGAGGAGAAGCUCGAUUCUUACGAGACGCACUUUUACGCUGCGAGUGCUGCUCAGAUAGAAGGUGAAGUGAACAAUGAAGGGUCUUUCGAAUUAGAAAAGUUAGAGAUAAUGGAAGUGGAAAAGAAAGACAACGAGGAUGGCAUGAGUUCCGGUGAGCUGGCUGCAAAGACGAUAAGAGCGGUCCAAGAGUCAAUGCUUGCUCCACACUUCGGAGAAGAGAUUUUGGACAAGCUGUUUGAUACUUAUGGUAGAAUGUUUGACGAGGAGUUGGCUAAGGAAGACAUAAGACCAGAGGCGGACCUACUUUAUGAGAUGGUGUGUCAAUUGACUUAGGUUAAAUAUUUAAACGUUUCUUGUGGCCUAUGGUAAUUAUGUCUACUCACCUCAAAUGGUAGUGUUGCACCCCCUUAAAUAUGAGUUAACGGGUUCAAUACCCUAUUUUAUUUUACUUUUUGAAAUUUAAUUUGUCACUGACCCAGAUUAAAAAA